AUGAAGGUAGUUAAAGGUACAAGUACAGGAGAUAAAACAAAUUAUAAUUAUUCUAAACCAACUCCUCCACCAUCGGUUCCAAUUGAUGAUCAAUUUGAUGAUACAGAUGAUGAUUGGCAAAUAUCAAAAGGUAAUCGUUUACAACAAAAAUUUAAUGAAAUUAAUCAAACAAUGAAAAAAAUUGUAUCACCAACCUAUGAAAUGCAAAUAAAUGAAGAUAAUCAUAAUGAAAUAUCUAUUAAACCACCACCAGCUAUAAUACAACAACAAACACGAACAUUAGCACAAAUAAGAGAACAACUUGCAUUAAAACGAAAAGCAUCUGCUGCAGCAGCUUCAAAUUCAUCAAUAAUAACAAAUAAUCCAUCUUCUAAUUCCAUGAUUAAUAUUAUUAAAUCAGAAAUAUUUACCCGAAAUCAAUCUAGUGAACGAAUAAUAUCUUCAUCUACAACUCAUAAUUCACCAAUAGAACAAAUUGAUACAAUCCUACCUUCAUCUUUGUUCAACAAUCAAUUGUCAAAUGAUUCUCUUCUUUUGAAUACGACUAAUAAUAAUAAUAAUAAUAAUAACAGCCAGAACAAUAAUUCAGUAACACAAUUUUUAUUCGACGAUUUUUCUGAAACAUUCGAUCCAUUUACUGCAUCAAUGAUUGAUAAUAUCAGUGAAUCAACAACAAAUAAUCAUCAAAGAAAUAUUCAAACCGAACAAGAUCAAUCAAAAAUAAACUCAAAUAGUCAACUUACACUUGAUUUUAAUAGUAUUUUACAAGAAUUAAAAUCCGUUGGUGAAGCACAUCAACCAGAACAACAAACAACAAUGAUUGUAGAAAAUAUUACAGCUAAUAUUAAACAACAAUUACAAAUAAAUGCAAAUUCAAAUAAUACAGGUAUAAUUAACAUGAUAGAAUUAUCUUCAGUCAAAUAUGAACCAUCAUCAUCAUCAGAUGAUCUUUUUGCAUUUCUUUCAUCAGAUUCAGCUCUAUCAUUGCCUAGCAUAAAUACAAUGAUGCUUUCAACAAUUCCUACAUCAACUAUAACAAAUUCAUCUGGUCGUACACCGAAAAAAAAAGGAACUAAAGGAGAUAAUUUAUCACCUAGAAUAAAAAAAGAACCUGGUGGAAUAGUAAAAACUAAAACAAUUAAGAAAAAUAAAAAAGAAACAACACUUAAUGGUGAAUCAUUACAACAAAUAUUAAUUAAAACUAACGGUGAAUUUAUUGAACCAAUGCAUAUUGUACUUGCAUCACCUGUUAAACCUCAACAAUCCACAACAUCCUAUUCUCCUAUAGCACCAGCAACAAAUAAAAAAAAUACUAAUGAAACAACAACUAGUUGGAUGACCACAAAUAUUUCUCAAACAACAAAAAAUGCACAAGCACUUGCAUUAAAAGCUGUUGCAAGAAAUCAAGUAGCAAAAAUUAAUCAACAACAACAGCAACAACAAGCAAUGGAUACUGGUAAUUAUGAUUCAUCACGUCCAACAUUACUUGUAACACGUACAGAUUCUUCAACACAACAACAGGCAUUACAAGCUCGUGUAAAUGCUUUUGUAGUAAAUAUGCCUCAACAACAAUCUGCUAAAUUCAUUCCUGCAACAAGUAACACAUUAACACCCCAACAACAUGUAUUUUUACAACAAAUUAUGCGUUGUGAUUCUUCAACAACAGUUUCAGAAUCAACAACACCUAUAGGAAAUCUUGUCCAACAACAACAACAACCAAUAUCUACAACUGUUCGUGUACCAACAACAACAUCAACAACAACAUUUAUUUCACAACAACAAGUUCAACAAUUAUCAAAUAGUAAUGAUUCAAUACGAAAACAACAAUUAUUUGAUGCACUUUCAACAUCAUUAGCAACAAGUCGUACAACAAAUUAUAAAUGUACAUGUGAAUGUAAACCAUUAAUUGCCUGUAAAAAAUGUGGUGCUUAUUGUCAUGAUGAUUGUAUUGGUCAAACAAAAUUAUGUGGUAAUUGUCUUGUUAUAGCUCCUUGUUAA